GAGAUGGCCGUCUCAGUUCGCCUCAUGGUAAGGCCAGCCCUGAGGAACAGGGUUGGAGGAGGGAGAGAGGAAUCCCUGCUCUCACAUCAGAAAGGGAUUUUUAGAGGGAGGACCAUUCCUAGAAAGGGAAGGAAGAGAGAAACUAUCUCUUACAGCAGCCAGGAGGUAAGGCAUGGAGAGUCCCACAUUAAUUGGACAGUAUUAGUAAUAGCACAGAAGGUGGUGUCCUUGAACAGGUAUGAAGGAAAGCAGCCUAUUAGAAAUACCAGAGGACAUGGGGUUAUGACGAUGAGUGUAUUUCUCAUCAGGUCAGUGCUUAUAUCCUAAACUCUGAUGGCAGAAAGAAGAUACAUGUUUUUCAUAUAAGCCUUUAGAGAGUUGGUUUAGUACCUUCACUAGUUGGUGUCUGGUAUUUGUUUCAAGCCCCGAAGUACUUUGUUUGGGUGUGUAGUGAGGCGGCCUGCCUCUCGGCUGCCCCAGAGGAUGAAGAGCCCAGCCAGAGGCCGGACUGGGCGGAGCUAAAGAGCUCUGAGCCUGCCCCGCAAAGGGUCAGGCGCCGACCCCGAACUAUAAAGGCUGGCCCUCAGAGCUCAGUCAAGCCCCAGGAGCCGGAGCGAGCAGACGUCCCCCAGGGAGCUCGGGACUGGGAGACUCCUGCAACCCAGGGUAGCCGCCCAGAGUGGCCCAAGCUCCCCCGUGCCCGCUACCUAGAGGAGCUACCGGAGCUCCCCUGCUCCUGCUACCCAGAGGAGCCGCUGGAGCUACCCUGGGCCGACUUUCCGGAGGAGUGGCUGGACCUACCACCCAACCCCGGCCGGGACAAACGCAUUCACCUGGACCCUGCAGAGGACAACCCCAGGAUCCAGAAUUCAUAUGAAUGCUGUUCUCUCAGAGGCACAUCUGAGGAUGAUAUGAUCAUUCAGCCUUCAUGCUCAUCAAGGCUCAUGCAAGCAAAGAGCUGGAAGAGCAGUUGCGGUCUGUGUCCAGUGUGGAUGAACUCAUGACAGUACUUUACCCAGAGUACUGGAAAAUGUUCAAAUGUCAGUUGAGGAAAGGGGGCUGGCAACACAACAGGGAACACUCCAGCUUCGACACAAGAUCAGAUGAUUCAGUAAAAUUUGCAGCAGCACAUUAUAAUGCAGAGAUCUUGAAAAGUAUUGAUAAUGAAUGGAGGAAAACUCAGUGCAUGCCGCGUGAGGUGUGUGUAGAUGUGGGGAAAGAGUUUGGAGCAACAACAAACACCUUCUUUAAACCCCCAUGUGUAUCCAUCUACAGAUGUGGAGGUUGCUGCAAUAGUGAGGGGCUGCAAUGUAUGAAUAUCAGCACAAGUUACAUCAGCAAAACGUUAUUUGAGAUUACUGUGCCGCUGUCUCAUGGCCCUAAACCUGUAACAGUCAGUUUUGCUAAUCAUACAUCCUGCCGAUGCAUGUCUAAACUGGAUGUUUACAGACAAGUUCAUUCAAUCAUUAGACGUUCCUUGCCAGCGACGCAACCACAGUGUCACAUGGCAAACAAAACUUGUCCAAAAAAUCUUAUCUGGAAUAAUCAGAUUUGCAGAUGUCUGGCGCAGCAUGACUUCAGUUUCUCUUCCCAUCAUGGAGAUACUGGCACUGCUGAUGAAUUCCAUGAUAUCUGUGGACCUAACAAAGAGCUUGAUGAAGAAACCUGUCAAUGUGUCUGCAAAGGGGGUGUACGGCCUUCAAGCUGUGGACCCCAAAAAGAAUUAGAUAGAACAUCAUGCCAGUGUACAUGUAAAAACAAACUUUUGCCUAGUUCCUGUGGUCCCAACAAAGAAUUUGAUGAAGACAAGUGCCAGUGUGUAUGUAGAAGAACCUGCCCCAAACAUCAGCCACUAAAUUCUGCAAAAUGUAUCUGUGAAUGUAUAGAAUCUCCAAAUAAAUGCUUCUUAAAAGGAAAAAGGUUUCAUCACCAGACAUGCAGCUGCUACAGACCACCAUGUACAGUUAGAACGAAACGUUGUGAGCCUGGAUUUUAUUAUAGUGAAGAAGUGUGCCGUUGCGUACCCACAUAUUGGAAAAGACCGCUUAUUAAUUAGUGAAGAAAGCACUACUUGCCAUUUUGGUGUACAUUUUUCCAUUAAAAAAACAACUGCGUUAACAUUGGAAUUAACUGUGCACCAGAGACCCUGUGGGAUUCACAGAGACAAACACAUUGUGCUUUUUCCCCAAGAAAUGUGGAAAGCACAUGUAGACAAUAAUGGGGCUCAUGUUGUGUAAAGAACUCACUAAGGACUUGUUUUCUGCCAAUGACAAAACAGUCUUGGUUUUCCUCCUUGUAAUUUUUUUUAAAAAAGAGAUAAUGACUAUAUAAUUUAUUUCCACUAAAAACAUUGUGCAGCAUUCCUGUUAAUAGCAGUAACAAUUGUUAAAGCUCACUGUGAUCAAUAUUUUUAUAUCAUGCAAAAUAUGUUUAAAUAAAAUGAAAAUUGUAUUAUAUACUGGUGAGAAUGUUUAAUUGAUUAUUUUAUGACCCAGUCUGUACAAACCAACCACAGCUCAACAACGUGAAUGGUGGUUCUUAAAAUAGUUUCUUGAAAUCCAGAGCUAGAAUUCCUAUCGAAUAAAAAUAAGUGAUUUUAUGAAAGAAAGUGUAAGAAAGACAGCAGUGAAAACUUUUUGUAUCUGCUUAAAAUAUCUAGGCUGAGCUAUUAAAAAAAAGUUAUAUUUACAACAUCUAUGUCCAGUGAUAUUUUACUAUGUAGACCAACUAGGUAAGCAUGGGUGAUAUUUCAUAAAAACUAUUAUGAGUCCUCUCUGUUG